AUGGGCGCCCAUCCGACGCGUCUCCUCCGGCCUGCGCUGCGUCCCGCGGGGGCUCGGCCAGCCCGCGUCCACAGAAGAAGCUUCGCCCAAACUGCUAGCAGGGCAGAAAAAAGAAACUCCUCCGCCAGGGAGACUCGUAACAGCGGAAAUAAAGAAGUACAUUGCUCCUCCCCCCGAUGGAGCAGAAACAGAAGAAGCAAGACCAACACGUACCGCGCAUCCAUUUUCCAUGAAGAAAUAACAGACAAAGAAAAUAUGAACAACAAUGAAAAGAUACUAAGAAUAAUACAGAGAAGCUCAAUCACCCAGUUCAGUGUGCAGGACUGCACUCUUUUCCUUAACUACCUCAUUCGCAAUAAGAGGAACAAAGACACACACAACAAAGUGAAGAACCUAUGUAGGCUGAAGCUCACUUCAUCUCUGUACAAAGAAGCUGUCACCAAGAUUGUAACCUCUGUACUUACCUAUGAGGAAAAAUAUUUUUCCUUUUUUUUCCAAAAAUUUGCUGAGUUGAGGGAUUUAAAUUCGAUGGAGAGGAUGUUCAUACACAUGCACACGAAGCAGUUGUUCCGAUAUUUGACGUUUUACAAUUUGGUCGAAAUUUUUUACAGCUUAGCUAUCCUCAACUUCGAGAGGGAGAGAAGCGAAGAGGCGUUGAAGACCGUCUUGGAUUACCUCCUCUCUAAUGUCAUUCACACAAAUGGACACUUAAGACACCUGGAGAAGAAGCUUAUUAACCAUGCCACUGUGCAGGGUGCAGAUGGCAGGGCUGUGUACAUACAGAGUUUCGCCAAACGCAGCCGCCAUCAAGAGGGUACUAUUCCCCCGGUGAAGAAAGCCAAGGGGAAAAAAACAACUAGCUUAGCCGUGCGCAAUGGAGAUGACCAGUCCAACACCCACUUCGACGUGAAAUCCCUCUCCAACGUCAUGCUGUACAAGCUAAUCUACGGAUUUGCGAAACUCAAUCGCAAGAGAGAACUCGUGAGAGAACUGCUCGUGUUACUCAUCCCAUACGUCCGAUUCAGACUUCAAAAUAUGGAAUACGUAUUCUCCAACGAGAUACCCGAUAUCAUCGUCAAGGUUUUAUGGUCAUAUGCAUUCCUACAAGUCAGACACGUCAAUCUCUUUCUCGAUCUGUCCCUCUCCAUUCAAGUCUCCAUAAACGAACUGAAGCUGGAUCAGCUCAAGAUUGUCAAAAACAUUUUCCUCAACUUUCUUAUCUUUGAUGAGUUACUACUGGAUACAUUAGAGGAGCUUAUCGAUCACAUGGAGGAGAAAUGUCCGAGCCUCCUCUCACAGCCGAGGAAGAAGCCGUUUAAGAGGAAAAAAAGGCGAGUGGCGCUCACGGACCAAGUCAAGCUCAAGUUGGAGCGGUGA